GAAAAGUGAAUUUUACUUGCUUGAAGAUGGUACUGGAAGCACUCUUUGCCUAUCACAACAGAGUAAAACAACAGAGUUUCUAUCAAAUGACACUGAACAAGGCACUACCCAUGUGACCACCAAAUUUUACAAGGAAAUUGGCAUCCUGUAUCAACGUUUUAAGGAAGAGACAACUUUAAGUUACAAUGAAUCCUGUACAAUAUGGGACUAUUGGCAACCCAAAUGAAAAUAGAGAAGAAAGGAGAGCGGACCAGAUUUUAAGAAAUUUUGCGUUGAAAGGAUUGAAGCUUUGGCCUCGUUACGACUCCUGAAUGCUCCGGGACUAACAGUGAACUUUGUAAUUUGUCAACGUGGUUCUCGUUCGGAUUGUUUUACGGAAAAUGAAGCUGACCGGAAAAGAGGAAGCUAGUUCAGAAUCUUCUUUGAGGAAACGAAGUCCCGAAAUACUGCGUUUGUUCUGUAUCAGUCAGGCCAUGGCCUUAAAGUUCCUUGUAUCAAACGUCGAAGUCUAUGUCCUCAGUGAUUGUCCGUCAAGAGAAUAUAUGCACUUUGUUUGAGAUGUUUUAUUUACUGUGGUCUUCACUUUUUUAAAAAAAAUCUUAAUUUGUCGUUAAUUCGCUAAUCAAAAACUACAUUCAUAUACAAUUCAUUUAUAGUGAAGUCGUUGUUUGUAAAGUUAGUUGCUUUGUCACUUCAAUUCUCUGCCUCACUCUUACUCAGACCUGACAAACAGGAGAUGCAGUACAUCCUAACAACCUACCACCAUUUAUUAAGAUCAGGGCUGAUCUGGUCUUAACCAGAAAGUUGUUGGGAAUUCUCAACAAGUCAGAAAACACCUGUGUUGAGAGAAGCAGAUUUAAUGUUUCAAAUCGCUUUAGUUUUGCUUUUGGUCGGCUAGUCUGAUCAUUGGUCUCAGUUCUUUAAUCUUGGAGCUAAUGUUGAGCUUUGUUGGGAUAGUUUGAGUAUGUUCCAUUUUUCCACCUAUUGCCAAUGACCUUUAAUUUUCCUCUAUAAUCCAAUAAUAUAUUUUAGCCUUGACAGUCACAGCUCCUUGAGGCAACGAAUCUCAAAGAUUUGCAAGUGGCUGAGCUCCAUAUCUUAAGAAAAUGCCACGUAAUAUUAUACUCUCUCACCAGGGGCAUUUCUCCUAUCAAACUCCAUACUGAGUUCCUCCAGCAUUUUGUGUGUGUUGCUUCAGAUUCCAGCAUCUACAGAAUCUCUUGUGAAACUCCAUAUCCAAAGAUAGUUGCCUCUUCCUAAACUCCAGAAAGCAUCAGCUGAUUUUACCUAGUUUUUUCUCUUGGGACAAACACAUCCUCAUAGGAAUUAAUAUAGUGAACCUUCCUGCACUGCUGCUGGCAAGAAUAUCCAUGGGUAAGGAGUUCGAAACUGUACAGAGUACACAAUAUAUACAAAUAAGCAGAACAGCUCAUUAGGCCCCUCAUGCCUGCACUGCCAUGCAGUGCAAUUAUGAUUGAUCUUUUACCUCAGCACCACUUUCUUGCACUAAUCCUAUAUCUCUUGCUUCCCUUUAAUAUCUAAAAAUCUAUUGAUCUGUCUUGAAUUUACUCUGUGAUUGAGCCUUCGUGGACAGAGAAUUCCAAAGAUUCAAUCCAUUUUGGAUGAAGACUUUUUUCCAUUGUGGCUUUAGAUGGCCAGACCUUUAUUUUGAGAUUGUGAUCCUCUUGUUCAAACAUCAACUCUGCAUAUAUCAUAUUAAGCCCCUUAAUAAUUUUUAAGAUCUCCUUUGGUUCUUCUAAACUCUUGAGAAUUUCGGAGCAGUCUGCUUGACCUUUCCUGUAUGACAUGUCUGACGUCCCAGGAAUCAAUCUGGUGAAUCUUUACUGCACACCAGGGCGACUCACCAAAGCCCUGUACAAUUUUGCUUGUAUCAUGCUUGUAAUAAAAGCCAAACUUUGAUUUAUCUUCCCAAUUACUUCCUGUACCAACUUAGCUUAUUGUACAGGAAAACCUCUCUUUAGGAUCCUCACACUCAACUGACUAACCUUGCAAUUCCCCUCUUUAUAUUCCACCUGCCUCUUUUGCCAAUUUACAUGCAUUUGUGUUUCUGUAGACAUCUGUGCCCUCACCAUAACUUAGUUUUCCAGUUUCUGCUAUCAUCACAAACUUUCAAAACAAUGCAUUUUGCCCCUUUUCAUCUUCAAUAUUAUAAUGCACCUUCUGACCAUGUGAAUCACAGGCUUCCAGACCCAACAUUGUGUUUGUUAUAUUCUGAUGAUGUGUUUCUGCCAUUUUUAGUUCUGUUUUCUAAUGUCCUCACACAUUCUGGUAACUUACGUUAAUUUGCCUGAAUUUGGACCUCCUCCAGACAGACCACAUUACCAGAUUUUUCAAACUUGAAGUUUUCUGAUCUUGAGGUAAUUUAUUCUCCUUUCAUUCCUUGAUUGUAACAAAAAAAAGGUAAAAAUAUAUUUCACUUUUUAAAUUUGAAACUCAAAUAAUUUCUUCACGUUUCAAACUGUCAGGAAAUAUAUUUUUGAUUUUGAAUCAGGUUACCAUUUCUAAAACCAAAUAUUUCUUAUUACUUUAAACUGCAACUAUAGCACUUGCUUGAAUUAUUGUCCCUUCUGUGAUUUAUUCUCUCCUGCCUCCAGCAUCACAGACUUUGCCGUUUGUUAUCUCCUUCCCACUCCUCCCACUUUCUCUACAAACUUAAACUAGCAUAUCUCUGGCUAUUCCCAGUCUUAAAAAUUAAGAAAAUUCAGAACCUAAACUCUAUUUCUCUCUCCACAGAUGCUGUCUGACCUAAUUAUAAAAUUUUGUUUUUUGUUAUAUAGCAGAACACAUUUGGUAAAAUGAAGCCUUUUAGUUCUGAUUUUUUUUAAAUUUGAAGGUGAUAUUUGCAUUCUCUCCACAUAUAGAUUAAUGAGUCAUCAGGCCUCAGUGUCAGCAACAUACAUGGUGGAAACUUGCAUUUUAAGGAGAUUCCAAACAAUUAUAUUUUAAGAUAAGAUGCCUGGUUCAGAAGUUAAUACAGAGUCUUUAGAAUUAAGUGAUGAAGGAGCAAGUAUUCCAAGUUCCAAAAGACAAAAGACAGAGAACACUACUACGCAAAUUGAAAGCAACUCUGAAUUGACUGUGAAGGAAAAAACAGAUGAUGCUCACCAACAAAGUGAAACUGAUGUCCCUACACCACACAGCAAUCAGAACUUUCAGGGAGAUAGCAAAGAGAAAGAAUUGUCAGCUGUUUCUAUAUUCAAUGAGGAGACUGGGCCAUAUAAAGAGAAUUGUAUUACUGUGCCUGAGAACACAUCUGAAAUUGAAAAUGAAUUAAAGUUGUUUUAUCAGGAAUUGGAAAAGAUUGAAAGCGAGACUGAUUUGCUUGCAAAUGGAUAUGUGGAUGGUUCGCAAGAUUCAGCAGAGAGCAAAGAAGAUGCGAUGAAUAAAUAUGGAUUAAAUACAACUGUUAAGGCUUGCAAAAGAAUUGCAGAUGUACAACAUAUGUCUGGAAAAAUAGAAAACCCACAUACACAGAUUUUAACAACUGAAUGCCCAUAUACAGUACAUUGGAAUCACAAUCUUGGAACCCCCAUAAGAUCUCAGUGGAAUCAACUACAGACUUUCAUAGGUCCUCAAGGACCACCUCUGCCAAGAUUCAAUAUACCACUUGCUGAUCAAAGAUACAAUGUCUUAUCACGAGAGUCAACUUCUUUCCCAUAUGACCAAAAACUACUAAGUAAUAGUUAUGUUGAUGACAGUAACUUUAUAGCAUUUUCAAGGAAAAAUGAUAGUAUUUUGCAGACACGGCCUAUUAAUAACUGUAUGAUACGAUCUAGAUAUUUUCACAACUAUGGCCCACAUGAAAAUACCACACACCACCAGCAGAUUAUGUUGAAGCCCAAUUUGUGUCAGCAAUAUCGGCAGGCAGAGCAACUUACAAAUCCAGCUGUUGGAGAUAAACUGCUUAUAUUUAUGCGUGGUCCUCCAGGCUGUGGAAAAUCCACACUUUCACGGUUGCUGUUAGAUCAGUGUCCUAAUGGUGUGGUCUUGAGCACAGAUGAUUAUUUCUGUCAAAACGGAGGUUACUGCUUUGACCCCAACUUCCUUGGGGAAGCUCAUGAGUGGAAUCAGAACAGAGCAAAAAGAUGUAUGGAUGAAGGCAGGUCACCUAUAAUUAUAGAUAAUACAAAUAUCCAAGCAUGGGAAAUGAAGCCAUAUGCAGAAAUGGCUGUGAAGCGACGUUAUAGAAUGAGUUUUCGUGAGCCAGAAACUUGGUGGAAGUUUAAUGUUGUGGAGCUGGAAAAGAGGAACAGACAUCGGGUUCCACGUGAGAAGAUUAUUCAAAUGAUGGCACGUUUUGAACAUCCCAUGUCUUCCGAUAUAGUGUUAAAUUCAGUGGAGCCUUCGUACAGUAAUAAAGUUAUGCUGAAUCUAUUUCCACAUUCUAACCAGAGGUGGGAAGGACCGCUUGGUUCAAGUUCCAUCAGUGGCGUGACUAAUAGAUAGCAUUAGUGAUGCUCAUGAACUGUUGGCAUUUCAGUACAAUAUAGCAGACCACUUCUUCCCAUAAUGUGUAUUUCUGGGAGACCAAAGUUUUAACAGCUUAUAGUAAUAGCUAUUUUAGAAUAUCAGAGUAUGUUAUUUACACUGGAAAAGGUAGUAAACUGACAUUUGGAAAAUUUAUGUCUUAUAAUACUCCAUUUAUUUUCUGUGUCUGAAAGGCAUGCCAAAAGGCAUAAAUAUAAGGUUUAGAUGGAAAAAUAUUUUCUUUUAUCCUGCUUAAAUUUAUUUAGUGCAGUUUGUAGUUUUAUACAUGAAUUUGUGACAUGAAUAUAACAUGAAUUGGAAUUCACCGUAACAACUAUUUUUAAUGAAGGGACUGUUAAUAAGGGAUACAGAUAAUGCAUCCAGCUUGUUAAUUCUAGUUUGACUGCUUUCUGCAGAAUUGCACGAUAAGGUAGUAUAUUAUCUGUAAUUUGUAACAAUUGAUCUGCUGAACAACCUGCUGGAUAAUUCAUUUAUUCUUACUUAACAUCUGGACAGCAGUCAGCAAGUUAACCACAGUUCUUGUCCAGAUCAGAAGCUUGAAUUUUUGUGUUUGUGGAUAUUUGCAUGUAUUUAGAGAAAAGAAACCCUUUUCCUUUAUUGGUGGAAUAUCUCAGAUGCCCUAGAUUUGCAUGAAACAGUUGUGAGAUUGACUGUUGUAAAUUGAAUAGGGCUUUAAGGUGGAGAAAUGCAACAGUGUUGUUCAUUAUGAUAUUGGACAUUUUCAAGUGAAAGCUGCAGACUUGCAGGUUUAGUUAUACUUUUACUUUGCACUAUGGCUUUGACCAUUAAAUGAUCAGUUAGAACAUUGAUGUAACCUGGUACUUCAAAUGCAGUUGGACAUAUUGUAAUGGAGGCCAUCUCCCUAAUCUGGGAGAUAAAUUAUUUAAUUCGUACGUAAUAUUAUUGAGAAAGAUUACCAAUACUGUACCUUCUCUUAAUUAUUAUUACUAUCCAGAUAAGGUUUUAAAAAGUAAUACGAGCUAGACAAUGAGUAGCUGGAAAAGGUUGAAGUUCUUUUGGCUUACUUGUAGGAUGUGCCAUAUAGGAAAAUUAUUUUUCGUAACUAAUUUUGAGCUGUAAUUUUAGUAUAAAAUUGGAAUCUGUAAUUACACUUUUUAAAGGAUUAAUGGUGAGAUGUGACACAGAAAACUCCAAGCCAGUUUAAUUCGCUGAACACAAAAAUGUAAGAUCUAGGAAUAGGCUGUUCAACCCCUUGUGCCUCUUUCCCCAUACAGUAAGAUCAUGACUGAUCUGUACCUCUUUGUUACUUUCCUGCUCUAAUUCCAUGAGCUUGAUCCCCUUAAUAUCCAAAAAUUUUUCAAUUUUUAUUUUGAAUAUCGUCAAUGACUGAGCAUCCACCGAACUCUUGAGUUGAGAUUUAAAGUUUCAACACCCUCUAGGCACAUCUGCCCUGACUGAAGCAUUUUGCAGCAGUCCAUGAAACAUAUUAAUUUUUAAUCAAUGUAUAAUUCAGCCAUUGUGUUCAAAGCUGUCAAUCUUGACACCAUCCUGGUGCCCAAGUCAGAAGACUGUGGUUUCAGUAUCACUUCAUUAUCCAUAAUCCAGCCUGCGUGUUCAACAAAGCACUAAAUCAUUUACUACUGUAAAAUGCAUGAUCUUGGCUGAUAAUGGAGCAUGUUACUGCUCAAGGUGCAGUCUUCAGAUGAGUUGGAAAUAUGUGAAGAGAACUUAAUAGGUCUGCUAUUCAUUGAUGAUAUGACCGUUCUGCAAUUUUUAAAUAUCCGCCUUUUCUUGAUUCCCAUUACCUGAUGAUUAACAAAUAUCUUAACUCGACUUUAAAAUUAGUACUUGUUAUUUAUUGAGGAGUUCCCAAUUUUAACUGCCAUCUGGAUGUCAAAGAGUUUACUAAAUCUUUUCCAAAACACCAGCUCUAACUUUGAGAUGAUAACCACUAGUCUUCUGCUCUCCACCUAGUUGAAAUGAUGUCUUUCUGUCCAACAUGACAUGGGAGCAUAAAACAAAUGCUGGAAGAUAUUACUGGAUCAGGCAGCAUCUGAAAAGGCAGAGGGAUGGUUGAUGUUUCAGGUCUGACUUGCUGAGUUCCUCCAGCAGUUUGUUUUUGCUCCAGAUUACAGCACCUGCAGUCUCUUGUGUCUCCAGUUUCCUGUAAUAUGUUGUUUCUAAAUUUCAGAGAAUACAACCCUAGUUUGUCUAAUGUUUCCUCGUAAUUUAGUCCUUAGAAACCAGAUAUCAUUUUGAAAAAUCUGCCUGCACUUUCUCCAAAGAUGAUGCAUUCUUCAUUAAGCUGUUGUAGAUCUCCCCCUCCCCUUUCAAGUGGAUGUAAAAGAUCCAAUUUGAAAAACAGCAGCGUUUUCUUGGCAACCUGCUCAAUAUUAUUUUCUUCGACAUUAUAGAAGUUUAUUUAUCUUGUCAAGUAAUUCUUUGCUGUAUAUGACACCUUGCUGUGUGCAAAUGAACUGUCAGAUUGUCCCAUUUCUCAACAGUGACUACAGUUCAAAAAAUACUUAGUUGCAUGUUGUGAUGUCUGUAAGUUGUGAAAAGUGCUGAAUAAAUGUGUAUUUUUUUUUAAAGGACUUUUACUUAAGUUUUCUUUCGAAAAUCCUAU